AUGUUGGCGGCCAACUUGAUGAUCAAACCCUACGAGCUUGGCGUCAGGAACGUCGAACCAUCGGGAACACUGUUGAAACAAUGGUGGACUGGGAACUCAUCCGAGUAUAUUGUGCUUGGCUUACAGGUAAGUGCACCACUAUAGGCCAAUAAAUGUUCGGAAAAGGGGCGCCAGGACACUGAAACCUGCUUCUUCAUCCUGGCCGGAUUCCUGAAGUGGCAUUACACAGCCUCAAUGGUCAACGUCCUUCUGGCCCUGUCAAUAGAACGCUUAUUCGCCUGCUACUACAUCAGUGAUUACGAGAAAAAGUCAAGGAAUUGCAUACUCAUCGGAAUAAUGAUCGGUUGGCACGUCUUCAGUCUCUUCACCGCCAUAGUAUGUUAUUCUAACGUCGUCAGCUAUUCGACGAUGGUCAUUCUUUGCAGUUUUCCCAAUCUUGCAGCAUUGGCGGUUAGUUUUCUUGACAAUUGUCCACAAACUUUCAAGAAUUACUGUACUUUCCGAAAACUUCCUGUCUAGUACAUUGUUUUUGUAACGAACGUAUCAUAGCGGUGAUAGUAGACGAUUCGGAAUUUUGGAACAACUUUUAAGAGCUCAGGGUGGUAGAAAAAGUGAUUAGCUCUAAAAAUGUAGUAGUGGACUUCAAUUCAAGAGAGUUGAUUCAGAGUUGAGCGGAAGAACACGGAAGAAUUUUUUAUCUUUUUUAGAAAAUUUUUUCAUGGAAUGUGAUCAACUGACGAAAUGUUGAGCAAAGUGAACUCUGCUCAUAGAAAAAUAAUUGUAAAUUUAACUUUUUAUACAAAAAAGUUAUGUCCUUCCGUCUUCCGUUAGCCCCUUUUUUUCAUGGAACAACUCGAUUAACUUUUUUGUAUGAAAAGCUAAAUUUACAAUUAUUUUUCAAUGAGCAGAGUUCACUUUGCUCUACAUUUCGUCAGUUGAUCACAUUCCGCUAAAAAAUUUUCUAAAAAAGAUAAAAAUUCUUCCGUGUUUGAGUUCUUCCGCUCAACUCUGCUACGUAUCCACUUAUUUCAGCUCUUCCUCUACGGCCGUCAGUUCAACUUGAAACUUAUCCGAAGCCAAGCAAUGUUUUUCACGCCCUACGCCCUGGCGGCUCGAUUUCAAGCGCAGGAGAACAUGAAAUGUUUCCGCAUGAUUCAAAAUGUGCUCAUCGUCGCCAUCCUCUUUGUUCUCUUCGACGCGCUGACCAAUCUGCUCAUUCUGUCCAACGCGGCUCCGUUCUUCGACACGCUCACCAAUUUUAUAAUCAAAAAUACCAGCAACACGUGAGUCGAGCACAUUCGAGACGUUUUGCUCGAUUCGAACAAUUGCAGGUGUCCAGCACUGUCCACUUCUGUGCUCGUUUAUUCGGUGAAAUCAUGGAGAAAGCAUUGUUUCGUCCAAGUGCUCAACGAAAAAAUCACAAUGAUCAUCGAGAAAAGACAGAGGAGACGGCGAGUCGGGAACACGUUCGACAGGAUCCACGCGGACACGGAUGCCUAUUUCGAACAACUUCACGCGGCCUGGAACUAA